GUGUUCAAGUGUCAAAUUCCUGGUGAAAAUUUUGCUGUUUUGUGGCCUCACCAGUUCCUGGACCACUCCUCACGAUCCCAAGUAUGACCAGCCGCAAUCGCGGGAGUGGAAAGACCGAGACGGCAAUUGAGAAUUGCCGGAGUGACGGCAAGUGGAAGAAAGUGAUUGAAUUGGCUGAGGAACUGAAGCUCGGCAGUCCGCGAUAUGAGAGCUUGUCCAACUUCCUGAUUGGCGAGGGGAAACUGGAGAAUUUCCUGGAUGAAACGCCACCGAUCGAGGCGAACUUCGCCAAGGCCAAGACGGGGUUGUCAGACGCCAAGAACUACCUUCAGAUGGUCACUGGUGAGGAUGGCCAGAGGGCGGGCAUCGCCCUGGAUGCUCACCUACUGCUGGCCAAGUUGGCCUACGCCUGUGGGCAGUACGAUGAGGUUCUGGAGCACUUUGUCAAGGCUGAACUGAAUUCGCUGAGCGAAAAGGAACUGACGCCGAGGAGUCUGCGCAUCCUGGCGGAGUCGUACGCCAUCAAGGGACUGAGUUUGGAGAAUCAGGGACCGCAAAAAGGCACAUCAAGGUACAAAUUGGCCGAGAGGGAGUCGGAAAUGAUAACAUCCUUUGAGCGUGCCGCCGACCUGGGACUGCUGUAUCUUCAGGAUCAGGACAUUGUGGCCAAUACGACGGCCUCUGAGCCUCGCCGGAUGGGAGCAAUCCUCGAAACUGCGCUCCAGAGAGCGCCAAUCGUGCUGAUCAAGGCUGGGAAGCUGCAAGAGGCCAUUGACAGGUAUCGCUCGAUGCUGAGCGCCGUGGAGGCGAAGACCACGCAAUCCCUGCGACUCACGCUGGCGCGUCAGCUCGCCGAAGUGCUGUUGCGCGGCGUCUCUGGGACAAUCUACACGCCGCCGAGCACCUCUACACUACCCAGAUCCAAUGCCAGCAGCAAGAAGCUGUGGAAGCCGCGCAAGUACAGCAGCAGGAACCAAUUCAUGCCGCGCAAUCAGCACGAGGAGACAAUCCUGCUGCUGCUCAUCUCGGAAGCGCUCGCCGUGCGCGACGCAUUGCUGUCCGUGAGCCCAGAAUUCCGAGAAGCGCGCGCACACACGAUCGGCAACGCCACGGCGGUGUAUGACUUGCUGGCGCUAGCCACAGUGCGCUGGGGCCUCACGUCUCUGCUGCACCAGAGCUUCGAGAAGGCGCUGAAGUUCACCUUUGGCGAGCAGCACGUGUGGCGACAGUACGCGCUGAGUCUGGCCGGCACGGGAAACUACAACCAGGCCGUGCGGGCGCUCUCGGAAUCGUCACUGUUGGUGCCCACGGAUCCGCUUCCGUGCCUCAUGUCGGCGCGCCUGUGUUACGAGCAUCUCGGGCGCAUGCAGGAGGGUAUUGAGCACGCGCAGAAGGCGCUGAGUAAAGAAGUGAAGGGCCUGCGGCCAUCCCGGGCGCAGCUGCUGGUGGGAAUUGGCUGGCAGCAGAUCGCGCUGGGCUUUACGCUGCGUUCCGAGAGGGACAAGUACCACAGGCAGGCACUGGAGGCGUUCGAGAAGGCCGUCCAGGCGGACUCCAAUGACCACUUGGCUGAGUACUACCUUGCGCUGCAGUUCGCCCUCAUUCAUGACAUUCCCUCUGCCGUGCUGCACAUCCAGACGGCCCUGGCGCUGCGCGCGGAGCACGCCAACAGCCUGCAGCUCUUUGCGCUGCUCCUCACGGCCAACAGGCGCCACAAGGAGGCGCUGGUGGUGGUGGAGGACGCGCUGCUGGAGUUCCCAGACAACCUGAAUCUCUAUCAGCUGAAGGCGCACCUGGAGCUGCACGUGAACGAAGCCGAGCGCGCCCUGACCACCACUCAGGCCAUGCUGAUGAAGUGGAAGGAGCUGUAUGAGAGCCAGCUGACGGGAGAGACGCCGGCGGACGGGAUGGAGAAGCACUCGGACACGCGGAGUACGCAGCAUCACUCGUCCCAGUUGUCGGACAGAGACUCCAGCUCAGUGCACGCUGCCUCCAUCUCCGCCUCUCGUAUUGAGCAGGCGCUGAGCGAGGCCGCGAGCUCGCUGAGCUCCUUCAGUCCACGCCAGGGCCCGCAGAAGGCGCUGGUGCUGCAGAUACGCAUCUGGCUGCUGAUGUCCGACGUGUAUCUGGCGCUGGAUCAGGCCACGGAGGCGAUGAACUGCGUCCAGGAGGCGGCGACGAUCAAUCUCCUGUCGCCGCAAGUGAUGUACCAGCGCGGCCGCGUGCAUCUUCACCAGAAUCAGCUGGCGGAGGCGAAGCAGAACUUCCUGGACGCCGUGUCUGUGAAUCCGUACUACACGGACGCGCUGAGGGCGCUGGGUGAGACUUACCACCUGCUAGGGCAGCCCAGGCUGGCCGAGAAGGUGCUGCGGGACGCCGUGCAGAUCGACCCGAAUCACGCGCAUCUCUGGUUCACGCUCGGCCAAGUGCUGGAGACGCUGAGUGACUUCGAGGCGGCCGCCGACAGCAUGGCGAGCGCCCUGCAGCUGGAGACGCACUGUCCAGUGCUGCCGUUCACGUCUGUGGCGCUGACAUUCGAGUAGAACUUCCUCAUCUUCUAGGUAGUGGGAUUUAGUCAUUGGGCGGGAGACUGUUGAUCUUGUUAAGUAUUCAUUGAGCUCUAUCCUUGUUGAUGCAUUUGGCGGCUUGUUGUGGGCAGUGUCGAAGGCUCAAUUGCCCAGUUGUUGUGUCUCUGAAAUGCUGAUACAACACUGUGUGAUGGAAACGACGAUAUCUCGCAUUUAGAAUCAUUUAUUAGUGUUUAGUUUGGGCACAAUAAAGGCCAUCUCUCGAGUCAA